AUGAACCGCGAGUGCAUGCGUGAAGCGAGACAACGCCGGCGCCUAGAGCUGCAAGAAAUGCAGACCACCGUUUCAGCACUGGAGAAGCAGUACAAAGAGCUGUCUCAGCGCUCAGCACACACCAGAGAUACUGCUUUGUCUCAAAUAUGUCAGCGACCUAAGUAUGCUGAGGCUGUUGACACAGCUAGACGACUUGGGGCAGAGAAUCUUUACCUUCAGAGUUUGCUCAAGCAGGAGAUAACCUGGAAGCGACAAUUACAACGAAUCGUGGACUUUGAGGAGGCCGAUAUCGUGUGCGGAGCAGGUACCAAGAGCCACAGCUGGCAAAUGAAUUUCGACGUGCUUGACGACGCUCAGGCCGAGAAAGAACUCGGCUUCCAUCGGUUAACCGACUGGGAUUUUACACGAAUCAUCCUGGACAGCAAGCGCAAUAUCCAUCACGUUGAAUCUCGACUACUUCAGCCGUCAAAUAUCACGCAUACACACCGAAUGCAAGCGUUUGGCUGGGAUAUGAACCAGACGAUAGACUGCGGUGUGAUGGAGUUCGUAUUCACAAAACAAUUCUCCGGACUUAAUGUGUACGACAUUUUGCGGACAACGUUGGUCAAUGACUUGGAGCUCGAGCGGUCCAGGAAAAUCAAGGCGGAGACGCUGCGCCUACAAGUCAUACAGGAGAUGGCCCCAAACGCUUUUGUGGUUGUACACGACGUCUCCUCUACCGGUGAUGUAAACGUCUUUCGGUCCGUCGUCGCGCGUUUUCUCAUUGAAGACACGAGGGAUUUCCCGUUGAGCAGGUCCGACUUGGACGAUAAUAUCAGCACGGAAUGCCGGCUGAACAGGUCUAACCUAGAGGACAAUAGCGGUGUAGUGACGGGAAGAGGCUACGUCUUGGGUACACACAGUCUCGUGUGGGCUGACGUCGCUCUGUCCGUCGGAAUAUACGAUGUGAUUGAUUCAAUCACGGGCGAGACGUGCCAGUACGUGCGAUGGGCAGGACGCACAGAUUAUUCUAGCGAGGAGCACGCACAACGCAACGCCUCUGACACUGUGCAGUGCAUGCUACGCUGGGAGAUGCUGGCAAACGGACAGUGCAUCAGCGAUGUGUAA